AUGGUGGCUUUGAACGAAGAGAACUUGGCAAAUGCAUUGGAUGCACUGUCGCCUUCAGAUGUCCAAGAAUCACCGCGACUGUUCGCUUCUUUCCGUGCCUUCUUUACCCGGGGGUCUCCUCGAGAAUUUCAAAAAUUCCUGCCCAACCCAGGUGCGGUUUCCUCAGAUAAAUCUGGUCCAGACCCCUUAUGUCAGUGUUUCAAAGACUCCCAGAACUCUCAAAAUAUAGAUGCCCCGAAAAAUCAAAAGUCGAAGACUUCUGGCUACAAACGGAAGCUGUCUGGUGUGGCACUCCAUCGCUCCAAGUCAAUUGAAAGAAACAGUUUCACCCUUCAAAUACAAGAAGCACGGGAGUUCUUUGCAGCCAAAAUAUCUCUCCCAGCCGAACUAGAUCGUCUAAUGCGAGUCUUUGAGGGCGUCUUGAAAGCGCCCCGCCAUACCGCAUAUUUUUAUCUCGGAUUGUGGUCGGCGCAUCGAAGUUGCGUGUUCGACACAGCUGGGGCUAUGCAGUCACGGAUUGCCCGGCUAUUCCAGGGCAGAAAACUGAUUGAGCAGGAGUCCCAGCGUUUUGAAUUUGCUGGGCGGCUAUCCUUGAUUUUUCUCACCCAUGAUGUCGAAAUUAUCAAAGCUCAGGACUGGAAAUUAGCUCCAGGACAGAGUCGGCAACACGCUGCAGUGAGUUCAAUUGCACAACAUCUCAACUUGAAUCCCGAAGAGAUCAAAAAGGAGUGGAGACGUAGCCGCAACUACAUCAGAUUACUUGAAGAGUGCGGACCAGCUUCAUUGUUAGAGCUUGGUACAGGAGUCAAUUGGUAG